UGUGUGGAAAGAAUUUAAAUGGGACCGGGUGUCCGUUUUAACGUCAGUUUCUAAGAAAGAAAAAAAAGCCCCUAACUAUGUGUUGUUAGGUGUGUCCAUUGUAAAUUCACUGAACGAGUUAACUCACCCGAGUCAACUCAUCGAAUCUCAAAAACUCACACUGUAACCCAUCAAUCCACCAUUAUAGAUCUCAGAUUCUCUAUACUCUCACUCACUCACAGCAGAGAAAGAAGAUGGCAUCAAAAACGGCGUCGUCGUCUUCAAGCGUUGAACCAUUGAAGAAGAAAAAGAAAGAGUGUUUAGGUUGGAUAGAAUGGUUUAGAGGAUGGUUCAAUAUAAUCUACGAAUUUCUAUUCCAGCGAAUCAUGGCGAGUCACUUGGAGAACCCUAUGCCAUUACCACCAAUCAAUGAACUCACUUGUAUUGUUACUGGUUCCACUAGUGGCAUUGGUCUUGAAAUUGCUAGGCAAUUGGCACAAUCAGGGGCACAUGUUGUUAUGGCCGUGAGGAAUGCGAAGGUGGCUACCGAGUUAAUCCAGAAAUGGCAGAUUGAAUCUGCUGGAUUGGGUAUUGCACUCAAUGUUGAGGUGAUGGUGGUGGAUCUUCUCUCAUUGGAUUCGGUUGCUAGGUUUGCUGAAGCGUGGAAUGCCCGCGCAGCACCCUUGCACGUUCUCAUUAAUAAUGCUGGCAUUUUUUCCAUUGGAGAGCCACAAAAAUUUUCAAAAGACGGUUAUGAAGAACACAUGCAAGUGAAUCAUCUUGCUCCUGCCAUGCUUUCAAUACUUCUUUUACCAUCCCUUAUUAGGGGCUCUCCUAGUCGAAUUGUGAACUUGAAUUCUGUUAUGCAUCAUAUUGGCUUUGUUGAUGCUGAAGACAUGAAUGCCACAUCAGGAAAAAGAAAAUUUUCUAGUCUGUCGGGAUAUUCAAACAGCAAGUUGGCACAGGUUAUGUUCAGUAGUGUUCUUUUUAAGCGACUACCGGCUGAAGCCGGCAUCAGCGUAUUGUGUGUAUCGCCUGGAAUUGUCCAGACAAACGUUGCAAGGGAUCUUCCAAAAUAUGUUCAAACUGGAUAUCAUUUGAUACCUUACUUCAUCUUUAAUGCUCAAGAAGGUUCUAGGAGUACACUUUUUGCUGCGACUGAUCCUCAAAUUACCGAGUAUUGCGAAUUGUUGAAAUCAGAUGAAUGGCCUGUUUGUGCCUAUAUUUCUCACGAUUGUCGACCUGCGAAUCCGUCAGAAGAAGCACACAGUCUUCAAACGUCAUAUGAAGUAUGGGAAAAGACAUUAGAGAUGACCGGCCUUCCUUCGGAUUCCCUGGAGAGGUUUCUAGAGGGCGAUGAAGUUGAAUGUCGCUACGGACAAGAACAACAAUGACACAACCAUAACACAAGAUUCUCCACAUGAUAUUUUACUAUUUAUAGGUAUUAAUGAACAUUUCAAUUUUGAAGAUGAGGGAAAACUCGUAAUUUUUCCGACUAGAUUGAUAUCCCUUGAUCUGCUAGGGUGUGUUUGUAGGGGCAAAUUUCCAAAUCCAAAAAGUUUAUGUACAUUAGUUUUUAUUUUUUUGCUCUAUAGGAAUAAGAACUAAAUUAGAAGUAUGUUGUAUCAUUAUUUUGACAUUGGUAAUUGGUGAAUGAAUGUCCUAAAGAAGUAACAAGGUUUUAUCUUAUAA